GGUCGGUCGUGGGGUUUGGUAUAUCUAUUUAUGGGCAUUCAUUUUGGGGUUCAUUUGCACUUUCUCCACUUGUCAUUUGGAAAUAUCCCAAAACUGUAGUUCAUAUUUCAUAUAUACUCUAGAAAAUAGAAAAUGGGAAGAACACCUUGUUGUGAGAAGGUUGGUCUCAAGAGAGGCAGAUGGACUGCAGAAGAAGAUGAAAUUCUCGCUAACUAUAUUCAAGCCAACGGUGAAGGCUCUUGGAGGUCAUUACCCAAAAAUGCUGGGUUACUAAGAUGUGGAAAGAGUUGCAGACUGAGAUGGAUUAAUUACUUGAAGACUGAUUUAAAGAGAGGCAACAUAACUUCUCAAGAAGAGGCUAUAAUCAUCAAGUUGCGCGCAACUUUGGGUAACAGGUGGUCUCUAAUAGCAGAACAUUUACCAGGUAGAACAGACAAUGAGAUAAAAAACUAUUGGAAUUCUCGUUUGAGCAGAAAAGUAGAAAGCUUAAGGAUUCCAAGUGACGAAAAGCUACCACGAGCAAUUGUAGAAUUAGCCAAAAAAGGAAAACAUCAACAAAUUAUCAAACAAAAGCGCAGCAAAAAAACAGCAAACGUCAGCAAUUCAAAUUCCCCAAGUGAAACUACAGUUCCAAUUAUGUUCUCAACGCCAAAUAUAGAGAAAGAAACCAUAAAUACUAUAGCAAGUGGCGAUAAUAAUGCCUUGGAGCUAGAUCAUAAUGAUAAUCAGAUGAUGUGGCAUGACGAUAUUGUGCUAAUGGACGACAAGGAUGCAAAGCUGGACCAAGAUUUCAUUUAUAGUUGUUUAUGGAACGACGAAGGAGAAAAUCUUGAAAUAGUCAAGAAUAAUAAUAACAAUAACAAUAAUAAUGAAAUAUUAAAUGUGGAUAGUUAUGGUACGCUAGAUUGUUGGGAUUGGGAAUAUUUGGCUGAAUGGAAUAAUGAAAUAUGGGCAAGUACUGAAGAAGCAGAGCAAGAGAAUAACAAUAUAUCAAAUUUUUGUUCCACUGAUGAAGCACCAAUGGUAGAAAAUAUUGAUCUCAUGCAGAGUGAUUUGGUAGCUUGGCUUUUGUCUUAAUUCAAGAACUAUAUAUUAUAAGGAAUUACACAAUUUUGUUGUAAUGUGGAGUAUUUGUUUUUAUGGUUUUGGAAUUAGACUAGGCAUGCGGAGUGGGUCAAAGUGCAGUUAUUUUUAGGACUAGAAUCAUGUAUAUAUGGAUAAAAAGUAGUAAAAAAAUGUUGUGUACCCUUUUUCCAGUAAUGGUUGUGUGCGGCAUGAUUUUGAAAAAAAAUAAAAAAAUAAUGUGCCCGUGUAUUUUUUUUUUUAAUAAUGAUUGUGUCCGGGUCACCGAGACUAUUUUACUGAAUACCUAUUACUUUACCAACAUAAAUAACAGGUGACUUUAUGGCUUAUGCAAUGUCCAACAAGGCUUAGGCAGAUAUAGAAAACAAUAUAUAGUGUUUUUUUGGCUCUCUAAUUUUUGUAUACGGUAAAAAUCGGAUGCGAGGCAAACCGGUGGAGCGAGGGGACUGACUGAUCUGCCUUCUUCGUCAUUGGAACGACCAAGCCCGGUGACCCGAGCAUUCGUGGCCGUUGGUCCGUAUAGCCGUUGGUCCGUACGGCUGUUGGUCCGAGUAGCCGUUGGUCCGUGUGGCCGUUGGUCCGAGUAGCCGUUGGUCCAGGUGGCCGUUACACGCGG